UACACACCGGUCUUACUGACCUGUGUACUAUCGCGAAAGGAAUUGUGGGUAGCACUACUUUUUCAACAUGGCUGCCGAUUGACAUCAUCUCAGUUUGUCAACGUUCAAGCCAUGGAAACAGCGACUCCAGUAAAGUCAGUGAGGGCCUGUCUAACCUGUAAUCGUUCAUCUCAAGGACAUUUAAAAAACUUAAGAAAUGUAGCUAUGCGAUCCAUACUACUGAAAAAACAGUUUGAAUGUCUGGGCUGCAAUAUUGAAGACCUUGUGAAAGUAGGACAUGAAAAUCUGUUGGUUUGUGACACAUGUUUGAAAAUAUUGGACAAACUAUCAGAAAUGAAGUUGAAUUUACAAAUGAACAUGAAAGAACUAAAGGAGAGUGAGGAUAGAACAAAGAGAUUAAUUAUGCAUUCUGUUUCUCCAGUAGUUAAGAAGUUCAAGGACACAACUGUACCAGUAAAAUCUAGAAAAAGUUCAAGGGCACUUUUUAAGAUGACAUCUCCAUCUCCAUCAAGAUGUAUUGAUUCAGUUAUUAGUCCAAAAUCAGGCAGCAUUGAUCAUUCAUACUCUGGUAUACCAAGCAAAACAAAAACACAAAGCCUUGACCAUUUGUAUUCAACAACCGUAAAUCAAAAUGUAGAUCUUAAUAAUCCAUACAGUUUUCAUAAGAAGAAAAUACUGAUGCCUCCUGAAAUUACUGUUAACGAAAAGAAAAGUGUCAUAACAAUAUUUGAACAAUCAUCAAAAGACACUGUAAGUGUUAAUACUGUUUUGGAAAAACUUCUUGAUCUCCCUUCUGUAAAUGAAAGACUAUAUCUAUGUUUAUUGCAACGACUAUCUGGAGAACUAAACAGGAUCUGUGGAACAAAAGACAAAAUUGUUUUAAGGACAAAGGUGUCAGAACUAGAACCUGAAACCUUUUUCAGUGACAUUGUAAAAGAAAUGCACUUGAAAUGUCCGAAGGUGUUGCAGUUUCUGAUAACCCUGUCUUGCCCAAUGGAUCUUGCAGUUCCAGAGAAAAAACAUGGCAUAGCAGCUAUGUAUGCACUUGGCAUGUACUUACGGAACAACCACAUGAUUGCCUUUCAAAAAGCUGUGCUGCAUCACGUAUAAGAUAUAAUGCAGGGAAUGGACUCAUGGAGUUUUUACACAAUCUGGGAAUGUCAAUACCUACAAAAAGCAAGCUGCCAAUGUUGGAUGACCUUGGACAAAUAAAUGGUCGGGAUGUAGUUUCUGCUUUGGCUAUUGGGAAAACCAUCAAAAUCACAGUUGAUAACAUUGACGGGCACAUAAAAGCUUAUCAGGUCAGGCUUGGUAGUGGAAACAGAGAUUUUCACUACACUCAUUGGUCGAUCCUUAUCGACAGAUUUGACCCAAGAGAUCUUCAAGGACUGAGCACACAACCGAAACAGAUAACUGCCCAAGGACCUGACCCUACCAUCUUCUUCUUGUCUUCAAACGAACAUGAAGCAUUAAGGAAAAGAUGUACUCAGCUUGUCAUGCGGAUACUGGUAGAAGAAAUACAGCCAUUGUCCAUGUUUUCUACGGCAACACCUCGUCUUGUGGACCAUAAAUACAGACAAGUGGUUGAUAGACCAUCACAAGUUCAUCCAGUGUUUGUGAUGAGUUUAACAACAUGGCCAGUAUUCCCCUGGGUGGUGAUCAGCUGAAUCGGGUAACAUUUGAUUCGGCACGCGUUCUGAGAUCUGGUACUCACAGUCGAACAGAGAGGUUUGACCAGUUGUCUCCAGUCAUCGAAGAACUAUUUCAUGUUCAGCAAGACUUGUUAGAGAAAAUCAUCAAAACCUUCUACAUACCAGAAACAGCUCGUGAAGAGGGAUCACUUGCCCAGUACAGAGCAAUUCUUCAUAGAACAAACGUUAAUGGUCAAGUUAAGGCUAAUGGAUAUGAAUCACACAAAGACUUCCUCAUUACUGUCACUAGAGCUCUUGUGAUAGAGUUAGCUUGUAAAAGAUGGGGGGCUGAUUGCAAGACAGACUUGGGGUCUCUGGUUCCGGAAGAAGUGAAGACUUCUAAUACCAAAGGGAAGAAGCAGUGGUUACAGGAGCAAGUGACCAAAGUGGUGGAUACACUGUUCUGCCCAUACUCUGCUCCAAAAGAUGCUAAAAUAUACCUUCGGCGCAGUGGCCAUUUGUACUGUGUUACGGUGCCUUCAAAAGAUGUCGGGAAAACCAUUGAUCUUAUCAUAAAUGGUGAAGCUGUCCGCAUAAGAGUGCCUGAAGAUUGUAAAACUGACGAAGCAGAAGAUGGUGUGUUUUCAUACAGCCUUGGGAUUGUCAGAGUUGCAAUGGAUUUUAUCAUGUUCAAUGAUGCAAUAAAAUCAGGUGAUAUAGACAUGAUUACAAUUCUUAUGAAACGAUUCAUUCCACUGUUUACAGGAGAAUCAUAUUCGUCUUGUCAAACACGUAAUUAGAGGACUUGGAGCCGGAAAAAGUGAUAAAGCUAUGCUAAGAAUUACGAAGGCAGCACCUGUAAUCAGUGCAAUGGUAAAUGGACUAGAAGGAAGCAAGACACAUAAAGAUAGACACUCCAGAAAGUCAAUAUCAGAAGAUAUUUCAAGAUUAGGGGAUGCAAUUCGAAAAAUAAGGCCUUUCAACUAUCAGAAGGGUAGACAAAUGAAUCCUUUUAAGAAAAUUUCAUCAAAUGUGAUUGGUGCUGUGAACAAAGACAAAUUAAAGGACUUUAUAAUCAGGCACAGCUCCAGAGCAGUUAAUAAGCUUGCUUUUGAUGACAAUGAAGACUAAUAAGGGAUGCUGUUAAUGCCAAUAAGGACUCGUUAAAUUGAUUUUUGUAGUCAGAUCUUCAACACUUAUUUUUGCAGAAUUGAAAAAAAUGUGGGUUUUUUUGCUUUUUGCUAUUUGCACUAAAGUUUUGUAUCCUUCUUUAACUUAAGUGCACAUGAAAAUUAAAUUGUGUAAAAAACAACAUAAAAAAACACACCUGAAGUCUGAGAAAUGGUUUAUGGCGCUUAAUAUUAAUGGAACAUUAAUAUUGUUUUGUAACCUGUAAAAUAAAUCAUGUGUAAAUAUUGAGCACAGACCAUCAAAAAUUUGAUUUUAGCAACCAGCAAUUCCUUCUACCAGAUGCACAAUAUUUUGAUAUUAAUUGUUGAAGAAAUAUGUAUCAAUUUUCAUACCAUUUACAAUUUUUACAGUCUGAUUGCUAAAAUAUGUCAGAAAAAAAGUUUUAUUGCAUUUACUGGACCUAUAACCAUGGCAUCACAUAAGAAUGCAUGUUAUUACAUUUAUGUAAAAAGACAAGAAUUCUACUUUUCAUCUAACUAUAUAACAUCCAUUUUUUCUCUACCCAAAUAUCAGAAGCAAAAACAGUGAGAACUUUCUAUGAAUAGUUGUCACCAUAUGAACUUACUCCACUGGAUAUUUUUACCCAAAAUUGUUGGAAAACAUUAGUUACUAGUAUGGCAUUUGUAUUAUCAGGUUAAGUAUUUUAAAAGGAGAAAUCUUUUUGUGAGGGCACAUAU